AUGUGCACGCAACGUGAAGUCGAAAAGCGAGCCAGUAUAGAUCAACUGUUCAAGCAUCGUUACCUAGCUGAGGUGAGCGCAGUAGUGCAGGCGAAGCAGACAGCUGGUCAGACGGGGACGACGACGACCGGUACAGGUACGGGUACAGGAACAGGACCUCAACCAAGCGAUACCAGCAAUAAAGACGAUGAGAAAAAUCGACUCAAAACUCAGGAUUCAGUCGAGAAAAAAGUCGCCAAAUAA